GUCAAGGUGGCUGCUGUGAUUUGAGAACCUCGGAUUUUUGGGUGACUGAUUCCAGGAGGCUCUGGAUGACUCAUGCUGACCAGCCCCCAGAGCUCCCGGGUGACACCUGCACGCAUUACGGCGUGGCCCGCUGUCUCCUGAGCACUAACCGAAGCCUACUGCCCACUGCCCACGUGGUAGUCUUCCACCACCGUGAGUUGCAGACCCGGCGGGCCCACCUGCCUCUGGCACAGCGGCCACGUGGGCAGCCCUGGGUCUGGGCCUCCAUGGAAUCUCCCAGCCACACACACGGGCUCCAUCGCCUCCGGGGCAUCUUCAACUGGGUGCUGAGCUACCGGAGUGACUCAGACAUCUUCGUGCCCUAUGGCCGCCUGGAGCCCCGCUCAGGCCCAGCACCCCCAUUGCCACCCAAGAGCCACUUGGCUGCCUGGGUGGUCAGCAACUUCCAAGAGCGGCAGCAGCGUGCCCAGGUGUAUUGGCAGCUGGCACGCCACCUGCGGGUGGAUGUGUUUGGGCGUGCCAGCGGGCGGCCACUAUGUUCAGACUGUCUGGUGCCCACUGUGGCCCGGUACCACUUUUACCUGUCCUUUGAGAACUCUCAGCACCGAGACUACAUCACAGAGAAGUUCUGGCGCAACGCAUUAUGGGCUGGCACUGUGCCUGUGGUGCUGGGGCCCCCACGGGCCACCUACGAGGCCUUCGUGCCCCCUGAUGCCUUUGUACAUGUGGAUGACUUCAGCUCCACCCGUGAGCUUGCGGAGUUCCUCAGCAGCAUGAAUGAGAGCCGGUACAGAGGCUUCUUUGCCUGGCGUGAGCAGCUGCGUGUGCGGCUGCUCACCGACUGGAGGGAGCGCUUCUGCACCAUCUGUGCCCGCUACCCCUACCUGCCCAGAGGCCAGGUCUACGAGGACCUGGAGGGCUGGUUCCAAGCCUGAGCACCCACUGCCCUCGGGGGAAGCCAUGUGGGUGGCAGGGCAGCAGGCCUCCCAGGCCACUGUGGGGCAAGCCAGAGUUACAGAC